GAUGAGAGUUGUUUGGGAUUCCCGAAGUGUCCCUCCCUCCUCUCUGGCCUCCUUGUUAUUAAACACGACUCUCUCCCUCUCUCUCCCUGUCUCGUCCAGAGUUCUUGCUCUCCGGGGAGGCCUUGAGGGAGGUGAUGGGGGGACUUGGUUCUACGGACUGAGGAGCAUGUCGCAGAGAGGAGAGGGAGGAGUUCGGGCCCCGAGUGGGAAUGCUAAGAGCCUAUAUUAUGCGGAAAGGAGACCGCGGUGAGCCGUAUCCCUUUUCCCAUCGGGUUAUCUGGUGAGGGGCGUGCGCUGUGCGGCUCCUUUCGAUGGAUCCUUGUAGGUUCUCGCUUCUUGCCGUGCGGCAGUAGCUGUCCGGCGCAGAAAGGUGGCGCCCUUGCCUCUCCUCGCCGCCUCUUUUUCUGUGAGCAACUCUCGACGAGAUUUCCAGGUCCCUCGAGCGCCUCCUUUGACUUCUCGACGUUGCCUCCCCUCUUGGAUCUUAGAUCUUUGCCUCAGAACCCUCAAAGAAGUCUUCUUUUUGUUCUUUGGCUAGUUUUCUUGGUCUCCGGUUGCGUCUCGGUAAUUCUUUUCGUUACCUUCUUCGUCUCAAAGCGCCCAAAGGCCGCUUCGGAUUUCUUACGGGGUUUUAGCGUCAAAAGAGGGAUCUUUUGGUGAGGUUUCGGUGCGUCUUCUCGACCGAAGGAGUGACAGAUGGCCGAUGGUGAGGGACAAGAUGCCACCUCUUUGUUCGCGGACGAGGAAUUGUGCGAGAUGAGUGGGUUGAAGAGGGGCACCGACUUCGUCGAGGUGAUGUGCGGGUGCACGAGCCACCGGUACGGGGACGCCGUCGGGCGGCUUAGGGUUUUCGCCUCCGGUGAUCUGGAGAUCAGCUGCGAUUGCACGCCGGGUUGUCAUGAAGAUAAGUUGACACCAGCUGCUUUUGAGAAGCACUCUGGGAGGGAGACUGCGAGGAAAUGGAAAAGCAAUGUAUGGGUCAUAGUCAAAGGAGACAAGGUUCCACUCUCAAAGACUGUUCUACUUAAAUAUUACAACCAGGUCUCAAAAGCUGCUAAUGGCUCUCAUAAGGGCCCUAAUGGAAGACCAUGUCACCGUGAUGAAUUUGUCCACUGUAAAAGAUGCAACAAAGAGCGUAGGUUUCGCUUGCGCACUAAAGAGGAAUGCCGCAAGUAUCAUGAUGCUGUGAGAAAUCCAAAUUGGAAAUGUUCUGAUUCGACAUUUGAAAGAGUCACCUGCGAUGAUGAAGAGGAGCGAGCAAGUCGUAAAGCCUUGAGGGGAUGCUCACGUUCUCCGUCCUGCAGAGGGUGUACAACAUGCGUCUGUUUUGGAUGCGAGACUUGCCGUUUCUCCGAUUGCAGCUGUCAGACCUGCAUUGAUUUCACUCACAAUUCAAAAAGCUAGCUUCAUUCGACGGAGUAUCAUUUACCCUGCAACGAUCACCACGACUAGUGCUAUCAAGGCACCAUCAGGAGACAUUCUUGGUUCAAUUAUUGUCAUGCAAAAUUGAGUCCUCAGUCACAUGGUUCAGUUUUUUCUUACUUUUGGCGACUGCAUUCUCUCAGCCUUCAGGUGAUGCUGAGAGAUGUUUUGCCAAUCUCACCAUUGGCCUUUUCUUCUCCCUAUUCUUCUUUAGAAAACAUUGCUGAUAGAUGAAAUGGGGAAAGCCAUGGGUAGCCAAAAUCAUUUGGAGAACUGCAAAAUGCAUCUAAUAUUAUCGUCUUUCCAUUACAUUUUUCUCAAA